AUGGCUGAUACCUCCGCCCCAAAGAAGGCCACCAUUGUCGCGUUGAGGGAGGCAGGAUUGACGACAAGAGAGGUGGCCAAGAAGGAGAAUGUCGCGCCCUCUACGGUGUCACGGAUCGCGGCACGGUACGGUCCAAUGCACGAUUUCGAGGCUAAAGGUCCCAGACGCGGCCGCAAACCACUCUUUACUGAAUGCGACGUGCGCAAAGCCCAGAAUCUGCUGAACACUGGCUAG